AUAAAUGGCAUGAUAAUUUUAUUUUUCACUGCACCAUGAAAAUUAUGUAACUGGCUCUGGCUUGACCCAACUCGUGUACAUUUGACUUUGUAUACAACAGUUUUCAGGGGUAAUGUGCGCCUGAUAAGCGCAGGCGUGACGGUAGAAAAUCUCUUGCAUCAGUUACACUGUCUUCUUUCUUACAGGGUCUCCGCCCCAAGUGGAGACUGGAAGUGGGAGUGAACGCCUCUGUACCCGGACCCUUCGGAUUCUUCUAACUUGAGGAAAGGAAGUAGAAGAACUUGGCCUAUAGCAGGGGAGCGUUCGGGUUCUGGGGCGGGACACGCUGAUAGGCUCCACCCCUUGCGCUGCAAAGCAAACGGGGCCUGCAUCACACUCGGGUUUGUUCAGAGAAGAGGAGGAGGCGCUUGCUGGCGUUGCCAAGGGCGUAGUGGCGCCGCUGUCCAAAUGGAACCCAACCUGCAGUUCUGGAUUUCCGAACGCCAAGCCUUUUUUCGAAGAUUUUGUCAGUGGAUGGAUUUAUUAGAUCCUGUAAACAUGUUUAUUUCAAUUGGAAGCAUAGAAAAAUCACGACAGUUGUUAUUUACCACUGAAGAUGCACCCAAACACUACCUGGAUAACCAAGUGAUUAAAGACGCAUGGAAUAAGAGUCUUUCAACUGUGCACCCUGACAGCAGCAAGUUGAUCCCCCAUCUUUUUCGACCUGCAGGGAUUGCUGAUGGAAAUUCUGGAAGCCAUAGCUUUAAAAGAAUACUUGAGAGGGGCUGGGAAGUGACUUAGUCAAGUACCUUUUGUCUUUCCUGCCUGUGACAGCACCCAUGGUAUUUCUGUUGAUGAUGCCAGACACUGGAAUAAAGUCCAUCAUUUUAACUCAGGGUUGCUUGUAUGGAUACACCACAGCCUUUAACAUCACCAAUGGAAAUGCCAGUUAUAGUCAUGGACCAGUAGAGAGAACAUUGUUGGGAGCAGGGGUGUCUGUGUCUUCAACUUUCAUUGGAUUAAUUCCUCAUCUCUUUCAAAUGAAGUAUCCCCCGAAUAACUUUUGGCUUAAAAGAACCUUGCCAAUCGUCUUUCUUGCCCAAGUCAGUGGAAUGAAUGUUUUUGCAUCCCGCAGUUUUGAAAACCAUCGAGGAAUUGAGGUGAUGGAUAAGGAAGGCCAUGUCGUAGGCCAUUCCAGAAAAGCUGGAAGAAAGGCUAUUAAAGAUACAGCGAAAUCCAGAGCAGUGCUGUUUGGGACCUCAGCCUUGGCCCCUGAACUCUUUAUCCACAUCUUUAAAAGGACGAGGUUUUACCCACAGACUCUGCUGUCACUCGUGAUCCUGAGAAUGAGUUCCACAUUCUUUAUGAUGGGACUGAUGGUGCCAGUGUCAUUCAGCAUGUUUCCACAGAUUGGACAGAUCCAGUGCAGUCAGCUUGAAGAGAAGAUUCAAUCUUCUACAGAAGAAAAGGAACUCUUCUAUUACAGAGGGGUAUAGGAACAAGUUUAUCUCCUGUUUGGAAAUCUUUGGCCCCUUAAAGAGCACUGCCAUGGUCCUCAGGGUUCCCAGCAACACUUGUGCAGCAAGCUGGCUUCAGUGCCUGAGUCUAACCAAAAGAAGAGCAGCACCCAGGGGACUGCUGAGAUGAAGUAAGAGUCAGCCCGGGGAAGGAUAAUGUGACCCUGUGAAUAAACCUGUCUGGAGUUGAAUACUUGAAAGAAAUCAUCAAAAGGUAUACCUUAUCUGGGGUACAAACACUACACUGAUAGCCUCCAGAUAGAUACAAAACUCUGGUGAGCUCAUUAAGGCUUCUAGUCCCUAAGUAGUCCUGUUUCCCUACUUAUUUUAUCUGAUCCCACACUGCAAGCAUUCUGUCUACUUCCCUGGUUUCUGUUGAAAGGACCCUGAUACUUCUAUUUCUAGAAUAACUGAGGCCCCUAGCCAACAACAGCUUCCUGCUCAAUACCAGUCCAGGUCUAUAUAUAGUCAACUCUCUUAGGGAUCCCCAUCUCCCUUCCUCUGGGCCUUGCUCUGUAGUCACUGGGGCAUCUCUGGCUUACUUCUCUCUAUAGACUACUCCCAGGAGCAUUGAAACUGCCUUAACAAACAAACAAACAAACAAACAAACCAUACUUCCUAGCCAAAAUUUCUUCUUCCUUCCUUCCUUCCUUCCUUCCUUCCUUCCUUCCUUCCUUCCUUCCUUCCUUCCUUCCUUCCUUCCUUCCUUCCGAUUCUUCCUCCUUCUUCCCCAGUCCCUUCUUCAAGACAGGGUUUUUCUGUGUUGGUCACAGCCUACAUUCUGCUGAGAUGGCUCUCACCUAAGCCCCAUCCAAGGCUGGACUACCAUUCUGCCAGGCCCUCAUACCCCAACCAGUUGCUACAGUGUACUUGGCUCUUUGGAUGCCCCCACGGGACUCAUGGUUGAGUCAACCAUGCCUUAUCUCAGCUCCCUAGUAACCUUGGGUAAUGGUGACAUCAUUUACCCAGCUAUGUCACUCAACCUCUUAUCCCAGACAGGCAUAAUUUCAUGUGUUAAGAACCCAAGGCUUCAGGUGCUGCUUCAGCUCAGUGCAAUAGCACCCCCUGCUGGCAUUGUCUUGUGGCUUUUUGCCUUGCUCUGGCUGCUCUCUGAAACCUCCUGCUUCUGUCUGGAGACAAAGUUCUGCUUCUUUUUUUUUUCAGAUUUAUUUAUUUAUUAUAUGUAAGUACACUGUAGCUGUCUUUAGACACUCCAGAAGAGGGAGUCAGAUGGUUGUGAGCCACCAUGUGGUUGCUGGGAUUUGAACUCCAGACCUUUGGAAGAGCAGUUGGGUGCUCUUACCCACUGAGCCAUCUCACCAGCCCCAAAGUUCUGAUUCUUAACACCCUUAGAAAACCUCUAUCUUAUUCAUCUCUUGUCAUCCCCUUCUAUGUCCCACAGAACCUAACAUCUGGUUCCUCACAUUAGUUUGUGGGCUUUUCUGUUUUUUUACUGCAACCGUUUCUUCUCUGGAGGCCUAGAGAGCUCACAGUAUUGAGUGAGGUACCCCUUCCACUGGUUUCCAUAGCACCCCAUUUCUCUUAUCAGACCUGCUCCCGGCCACACUACCUCAAGACCUGUUGCCUGGUCCUAUUUCGUAGCAGACUGUCUUUAGAGAAGAUGCAUAUUGUUUGGUUAUUGUGAUAUUUUCACAUUAAACUCACCAAAGGUGUCUACAGGACAGUUGCUUCAAAAUUUGGUUUUAAAAAAGUAUCACAGCAGUCCAAAGAGUCAAAAUUAGAAACAAUGACCUACCAAGUAGCUCAGUGCAGCCAUAGGUGGACACUACACAGAAUUAAAGGUAGAGAAUCAUGGGCUAGAAAAAUGGCUCAGCGUUUGAGUGUGCUUGCUGCUCUUGCAGAGGUUGUGGACUCAUUUCCCAGCACCCAUGUAGCCAGAUGUCAACUCCUGUGUCUCCAGCUCCAGGAGGAUGCAGUACCCAAACAUGUGGCAUAUACAAAGGCACACAUAUAUACAAAUAAGUUUUAGAAAAUGUGUGUGUGGACAAGAUCAGGAGAAUAAGGAAUGUAUGGUGGCCAUAUCUACAAUCCCAGCACCCAGGAAAUGGGCAGAUUUCUAAGAGUUUGAGGCCAGCUUGGUCUAUGUAGCAAGUUCCAGACCAGACAGAACUACAUAGUGAGAUCCUGUCUCAAAAAAUAAAAGGUGAAAAAAAUAAAAAUAAAAGGUAGGGGCUGGAGAGAUGGUUAGAACACUGUCUGCUUUUCCAGAGGUCCUGAGUUCAUGACCACAUGAUGGCUCACAACCAUCUGUAAUGGGAUUUGAUGCCCUAUUCUGGUGUGUCUAAAGACAGUACUCACAUACAUAAAAAAAUAAAAAUAAUAAUGAAAAUAAAAAAAUAAAAGGUAGGAGAUAAAGAGAUGACUCAGGAGUUAAGAACACUUAUUCUUGCAGAGAACUCGGGUUUAGUUCCUGGCACCCACAUAUUGGUUCAUAACCAUCUGUAACUCCAGCCCCAAGAAAGCUAGUGCCUUCUGACUGCCAUGAGCACUAGAUAUACAGUGAUGCAUGUACAUACAUGGAGGCAAAAUACUCAUACACAUAAAUCAAGAAACCAUAAGAUGAGCAAAGUCUCCACGUGGAAGACUGCCUUACUACUUACUACUUAAAGCUUUAUCAAAAUG